AUUGACCUUGAAGGUUUGUCGCGUAGUAGAGGCUGUUUGAAGUUUCCGGGAUGUUUGGCGUUCUCGUUCGACGUCUAAGUACUUCUACUCCGGUGCUGGCACUUAUACAGCCUCCUAUUCAAGUGUUCGGUUUAGAAGGACGUUAUGCUUCUGCUUUAUACUCAGCUGCUACAAAACAGAAAGCAUUAGAUAAAAUUGAGAAAGAUAUUCAAUUAAUUAAGAAUACACUUAAAAAUGAUGUGAAAUUACAUGAAUUUUGUCUUGAUCCAAGUUUACAAAGAUUAACUAAAAUUAAUGGAAUUGAUCAAGCACUAAACAAAUUAAAAGUGAAUGAAGCUACGAAAAAUUUAUUUGUUAUACUUGCUGAAAAUGGUCGUUUAUCUAAAAUUAAUUCAGUUAUUGACAAAUUUGAACAAAUUAUGACUGCCUAUCGAGGUGAAGUUAGCUGUACUGUACGAACUGCGAAACCUCUAGAUAAAACAUCAGAAAAUGAAUUACGGAAUGCCCUUAAUGGAUUUUUAAAACCCGGCGAAAAAUUACAGCUAACUUUAGAGAUCGAUCCAUCGAUUAUUGGUGGUAUGGUAGUUAGUAUCGGUGAUCGUUUUGUUGAUAUGUCAAUUGCUCGAAAAAUUCGCUCACUUCGCGGAAUAAUGGAACAACCAAUUUAAAAAGUUAUAUAUGUCGAAUUUUGAAAGAUAAAAAAAUAUAUAGUUAUAUAUAUAUAAAAUAUACAUAGGAUCAUUUGACUUGUAGUCUACUAUGUAAUUAAUAAUAAUUACCUUUGAAAAAAGUUUGUAUGAUAUUGUUAUUUUUAUGCUGAUUUUGUUUUCAAUCAGUCAUAGAAAAUGCGGCAUUUGGCAUAUAUAUGCUUCGAUUCAUGUUGUCACAAUGUAUUGUGGACCGUGGGGUGGCUACUCUAAUUUCUACCGACUGACCAACUUCAGAUAUCCUAGUACACGACCCCAAUACUGUUCCCCAAUCUCCAAUAUAUCAGAACACGAACCGUCGAUGAAAUUGUUUAUGGGGUCAGAAGAAGAAUAAGAAUAGGAAUAAUACUUUAUAGACAAAAGCAUAUUUAUACAGUUAGGACUACCAUAAAAAUUGACCAAUAAGAAAGUGACACCAUUUCAUGUUCAAGAAUAGCAUUAGACUUGACAGGAUAAUUUUCGGGAUAUUUUUCCGAAUAUCCCAACACAAUGUAUUAGUACAAAAAGAUGAACUCAUCAAGCUGCACACCAGAUUAAUAUAAGUAGUCAUAGUAUCUAUGGUAGUAAGAAAUAGUGGGCAUAUUAUUUAAAAAAACAGAACAGAUUUGCAUAACAAAGAUGUAUAAGUAUUAUAAGACAUCGAGUGAAUAAAUGUAAUCCACUGCAGCCGAUUUUGAGCCAUGUCAUCCAAAAUCUUCAUUCAUUGAUUACAAUAAUUGCGUAGGUAGUGCACACUUAAUAAUACAGUCCGAUUCAAUAGUCAAUCACUUCAUGAACUGAUACAGUCUGCAUUUAAUAAUCGUUAGCUUCCUUCACACUUACUCUUACUCCAGAAACCAUCAUGCGUCGACAUAUGCAGUGAUAAACAUAUGUGAUAGAUGUCCCAAUUACAUUAGUUGAUGGAGAUUCAAUACCUCAACCGAUUUACUGUUUAUUCGGUACUACUUGUCUUAUUUCAACAUUGAAAGUUAAUUAAUUUACAAUGGUUUAGACUAUCCUGUUGUUGAUAUUCAAUCAUCCAGAACUCAGAAGCUUAGUGGAAAAUGCGUCAGCGUUUGGAGCGAAAGGUUCUGUGUCUGAGUCCCAUAAUGGACAUCAGCGAUGGGAUCCAGGUAUAUUCAACUGACCAGUCCCAAGUAGCAUGAGACGCGUGUUCUGGAUUUCUCACACUAAAAUAACAGGCAGCAAAAUUAACAAAUCCUGUCUAUUAUCUUAAUCAUUGGGUACCAGUCUGUCUGUUGCUUUUUAUAAUUCGAAGGACGAUUCUUAUCGACAUUCACGAUGUCAAUAUGUUUUUUUAUUUACAAUAUGUCUGGCCAUUUCCAAAAGCCUGUUGUUACUCGGUAUUCAUAACGUCUCUUACAUAGUAAUAAGUAUAUACACAUAAUGAAAGCACAAGUUUAGAAGGAGAUGUUGCUUUAUCAAUGAAAAUUUAGACCACUACUUGGUCGAUCAAUCACCAAUUCAAUUAUAAUACGUAUAAUCUACGCCAUUACUGCUUGUUAUACAAGCUCAAAACUGAUAAUCAAGCAAUUGUAAAAUAAAUUAUAUUUAAUAAUAACACGUUAUGAUAAUUUGCUGACUGUUCCACGAACGUAAAACGACCUUAUGAAAUCGCCCCCAUCUAUUGGCGAAUCAAAAUGCAAAUGAAAUAGGAAAUCAAAUCAACCAUCAUAUUUAGUUUUGUAUCUCACUGAAGUCGCAGUGUCCUUGAGAGGCGCUAAAAUAUUCCUGAAUCACAUGAAGUAACUACGCUCAACACAGGAGUUGUUUUCUUAUAAAAUAGGUAAGCAUACCAUCAUCAUAUCCACUAUAUGGUUCCAUAAAGGAUAUGUUUAUCAAUUAGAAACGUUUUAAUGACGCGAUAUACAUAAAAGCUGUCUCUGUGUUUAGAAUUUAACCGAAAAAUCAGUUGUAUCUCGGAUCUGAUUAGUUCCUUGGAAAAGUCAAGUUUUGAUAAAGCAUUUAUCUGGUGUAUUUGAUCUAUAAACAAAAUAAGUGACAAUAGUUGAAGUUCCUAACAAACUGUAUCGUCUAGUAUGUUCAUAAGAUGAAGUAAAACUAUUGAUCUAAAUUAUGAAUAUUAUAUAAGUUUAUCCAAUGGUAUAGUUUAUUCGUUGGAUAAAAUCAUUCGUUUGAACAAUAGAUGCUUUACUACUCUUAUAAUAAAAUAAAUACAACAAUUCAUAAAUUUGACCUAGCUUUUUCAGUGGUGAACUAGAGUCACCAUCGAAAAUUCAAAUCAACACGACACAAUUGCAUCGAUGAUCUUAAUUAUGAUGCAUAAUAAGAAUUUCACGGUAUUCUGCAUGCCUGCAACAAUCUACCAAUCAAAACAGGAAUAAUUUUACUAUCAUUCUGUCAAUAUGUAUCAUGGCCUAGUUUACUGAACUGAAAUAAAUGAACAGUAUACAUACAUAAAGUUAUAAAUUACAACUGUCAUUGGUUUGUUACGUAGAUUAGGUGAAAAGUAAAUAAAGAAAUCACCUGGUUUUGAAUAACUUAUUUUAAUGUCAUUCUUAUUCCCAUAGAUAUAUUAUCCUAAUAUCUAAAAGAAGUAAAUAGAACACCAUUUAAAUGCGUUACCUAAUAAAUGAAACUUGUUGGUGGAUAUUCACAUUCAAAAUAUCAUGUAUUGAGAAGAAAUUAAUCCUGAAAAUUCACAAUGAUAUAAAAGUAUUCACAACCAGUCAAUCUUGAACGGACUUUUAUUCGUAUUCAAAGGUUUAAUUGAACAAACCUCAAAAUCAGCCGUGACCGGUGGAGCUUAUCCGUGUCGGAUCAGUCAGUCAGUCAGUAACAACGUAGAACUUCGUACGUACGUACAUCAGUUCGAGUUGCCACACCACAUUAGCACAGAGAUACAGUUGUCGAUUCAAAUCCCAUAGUGGUAGACGUAAUAAGAGUAUAAGCAGUAAUCGGGAAGAUUAGGGUUUGGAGAUGUAAUUUAAAGAGUAUAAUCCAGUGAAAUAAAUUUGGAAAGAGGAAAAAAAGGGACAUGAAGAAUUCAGAAGAUUAGAAUUUGGGAGAACACAAAGAGUGGAUGCACCUGCGCCAUUGCAAACGAUUUUGAGCCAUGUCAAUCAGGGUCUCUAACCAUCGGUUGCUAUCAUCUCGCGGUCCCCAACCAGGUAGUCUACACCUACCAACAUGACUCAGUCCACUUGUCAGUGACUUCAUGGACUGGUGCCAUGUUUUGGUUUGGCCGCCCCUAGCUUUCUUCCAACCUACUCCUAUACCACUGAACAUCGCACGUCGAGGCAGUCGGUCGUUCGGCAUACGUAACACAUGACCCAGCCAUCUCAACUGAUCAAGUUUCACUACUUCAUCAAUUGAUUUGCCAUCCUUACCUAGUACCCGUUUCCUAACAACUGCGUUACUUACUCGAUGGUCCCAUGAUAUACGAGCAAUGUUUCGAAGACACCUAUGAUCAAAUACUAGUAGCCUACGGAUAUCCUCUACUCUUACCGGCCAUGUUUCACUGCCAUAAAGUAGGACGGAACGAACUGCUGCGCAGUAAACACGUCCUUUGGUUGAUAGACGGAUAUUUCGCCUACGCCAUAAAUGACGCAAGUUGGCAAAAGCUAGUCGAGCCUUCUGUAUCCGUGCUGAGAUUUCGUCACACACCAGACCACAAGGGCUGAUGAGACUUCCAAGAUAAGUGAAGCGGUCGACACACUCAACUACUUCACUCCCUAUCACUAGUUCGGGUGUCGAUGUAACCCAAUCCUGAAGCAACAUUUUGCAUUUCGAGGGAGAGAAUCGCAUCCCGAACAUGCUUGCACUGUUGCUUAGAGUGGUCAGAAG